UAUCAGUCCAUCGUUGCUACUAGCACCUCUCAUGACUGGUGCUGUGCUUGUUGGUCUAUCUUUGAGGAAGAGAUUCAUCCCGAAGAAGAAGGCCUUUACAAUCACCAUAGAUGGCCCGGCAGGUAGUGGAAAGAGUGUGGUUGCCGAGAUGCUCGCUGACAGCCUGAGCGGGUUCACUAAGCUUGAUAGUGGAGCUCUCUAUCGCAGCAUCGCUCUAUUCGUGAACGAAGGUGAUAUCAAGGGUGGUAUUGAAUCAUUGGCUUAUGAAGCGUUUCGGGCCUUGUUGGAGCAAGUCAUCUUCACUCGUGAUAAGAGAGUGUUUGUUGGUAAUCGGGAUAUAACCGAUGCCAUUCGUACACCCCCGAUAUCAUUACUCACUGCAAAGAUAGCCCAGAUUCCGCAAGUCAAAGCUGCUGUUGUAGACUCCUUGAGGAGUAGAGCCUAUAAUAACAAGGAGGGUGUUGUUAUUGAGGGAAGGGAUACAGGAUCGAUAGUAUUCCCUGAUGCUGAGGUUAAGAUCUAUUUGGAUGCAUCUGCUGAGGAGAGAGCUCGGCGUCGACAGAGACAAAUAGGUGGCGAUUUCGCCCGUACCUUGGCUGAUGUUAGAGCCAGGGAUCGGGCCGAUUUCUAUCGGAAGACGGAUCCCCUUAAAGUUGCUGAUGGAGCGGUUGUUAUGGACUCCACUGGUUGGAGUGUCGACAAGACUGUUGACGAGAUUACCAAAUUGGUCUACAAGAGACGUCCUCGGACUAGAAGAAUUCCGUAAUCAUAUUCAGCAUAAA